GCCAUUUUGGGAGGCUGACGCUUACUUACUGGCGGCUUUGGGUCCGAGCUGUAGCAGCUGAUAAUAGCAGUAGGAGGUAGCCUGAUCCUUCUGUUACACAAGUGACAAGAAAUGUUCUUCCAGGACUAGAUGAGUACAAUCCAUUCUCUGAUUCAAGAAUAAUUGAACUGGCCAUGUGACCAUCCAGCUUCACCCACUUCUUUCCCGGACUUUUCGCAAGACUGGUUGCCUGUUUUCCAGUGCCUCCACACACAGAGCACACAGAACCCGAGAGUGUCGUGGCUCAGAAACCCUGUCAGACACCCCCUGGGACCUCAGGAGCCUCACACUCUUCUCAGCACCCAGCAACCAACUGCUGCUGCUGCUGCCUUCUCUGCUGUUCUUAAUCUAUAGGAGGUAGUUUAUAAUACUUGUGGCUGUUGUACAUGGAAUUAUGAUCUUUGAGUAACAGCCUGGAAAAAUAAACACAUUAAAACAAUAUUCAACUCCCACCAUUAAGGACGGAUUGGAAAACUUAUACUUCAUUCCCCAGUAUACACACUAUGAAGCCUCUUUCAGGAAAUGUGAAAAUACCUAAUGUACCCAGUACUCAGACAGCAAUAAUGAAACCAGCGGAAGAACCACCUGCUUAUGCACAAAUUGCAAAGGAGCAUGCUUUGGCCCAGGCAGAACUGUUAAAGCGUCAAGAAGAACUGGAAAGAAAAGCAGCUGAACUAGAUCGCAGAGAAAGGGAAAUGCAGGGUCUCAAUCAGCAGAGGGGUAGAAAAAAUAACUGGCCACCUCUUCCUGAGAAUUUUCCAGUGGGUCCAUGUUUCUACCAGGACUUUUCUGUAGACAUUCCUGUAGAAUUCCAGAAGACAGUAAAGAUUAUGUACUAUUUGUGGAUGUUCCAUACAGUGACACUGUUUCUUAAUAUCUUUGGAUGUUUGGCCUGGUUUUACAUUGAUGCUACGCGAGGGGUCGAUUUUGGAUUGAGUAUCCUCUGGUUCUUGCUUUUUACGCCUUGUUCUUUUGUCUGCUGGUACAGACCACUUUAUGGAGCUUUCAGGAGUGACAGUUCAUUCAGGUUCUUUGUGUUCUUCUUUGUAUAUAUCUGUCAGUUUGCUGUACAUGUACUUCAAGCUGCAGGAUUUCAAAGAUGGGGAAACUGUGGGUGGAUUUCAUCUCUUACUGGUCUUAAUAAGAGUAUCCCCGUUGGCAUUAUGAUGAUAAUUAUAGCUGCACUUUUCACAGCAUCUGCUGUGAUCUCAUUAGUUAUGUUUAAAAAGGUACAUGGUCUCUACCGCACAACUGGUGCUAGUUUCGAGAAAGCACAGCAAGAGUUUGCAACAGGAAUGAUGUCCAAUAAAACUGUACAAACUGCUGCAGCCAACGCCGCCUCAACAGCAGCAACCAAUGCAGCUCAAAGUGCAUUCAAGGGUAACCAAAUGUAGAGAAAUAUAACAAGUGAUUAUCUUUCUCUUUUGUUGUACUUAAUUUUCCAGGCAAUUAUAUUCCCUAAAAACUUAGAUCAAAAUAUAUACAGCAUAUCUGUCUCUUCUUUAAAGAUAGCCACUCUUUGCCCUGUUGCAUUCUAGAAUAUAAAACUUUCCAUAUUUUAUGGAGGAUAAAUAAUUUAAACAGUUGGACUGAGAAUGAAUUAUGGUAUUUAAUAAUCAAGUAAAUAUAGUAGGAAUUUGGAUUUUUUUUAGUGGUUCACUACAGUAUUGUUUUAAACUUCAGGAAAGCACUUUGGAUCAAUCAUUUUUGUUUCUAAGAACUGAUUUCCUUAUUUCUACUCUAAGAAGUGGGGUAAACUGAAAGAUGUAGCAAGUUAGGUUUGGCUAAUGCUUUUGAUAUAUACCAGUAAGUUUGCAUGAAUACUGUUGAGUUAUCUGAUCAUGUUUAAAUAGUGUCUUGGUCCAGAAUUUCCCUGUGCCAUUCUAUAAUUAUAACAUUUGUUUGCAUCUCUUUUCAUGAAGCAUUCUCUACAUGGGAGAAAUGACCAGGGUGCAUAAUAAGUCUCUGUGAUAGAAUGUAUAAUGCAGUGUACAGUUUAAGGAAGUUGAAACUGAUGGUUUCAAUCACAGAGCUAAACGAGUAUAGAUUUGCUAUUUUUAAUUUCAGUAUUCAUGUCUCGGGGCCAUAAUUUUUCUGAAAAAAAAAACCAACACAAUAUUGACCUUGAGAACACUGGUUUAUUGCCCCCCUACCCUCUCUUACAUGAAGUGGUAUUGUGUGAUUUUUUUUUUUUUUUUUUAAGUGCAGAUUUGUGUUUAACUAUGGUACUAAAUCUCUAGCUCUGUCAGUUACUCUCUUUACUGCUUGUCCAAAAAUCUAAAUAUACAGUAUUCAAUUUUUAACAGGAAUAUUGCCUAAAAUCAAGCUUUUUAAGCAAUGACAUUUAACAGAUACUUGAAUUAACAGAUACAUUUUAAUGUGACUCAGCCAGCUCUGUGAUUUAAUUUAAGCUGGAAAAAAAGCUUUUAAAAUAUUUUGAAUUGAAGAAGUAAGAAAUCUUCAUCUUUCACACAGUUAAAUUUUAAUUUAUUGAUCUGGAGUCCUAAGAGGUUAAAUUGGUGCUGUGGAACUGAACAAUCCAUAAUGGUACAUACCAUCAUAAUAUUCUAGAAUUUAAUCUGGUUUUACUAUAUAAACUGAUGUUUCUCUCCUUUCAAGGAUAUUUGAUAUUCUUGGAUUGACUUGUGAGUCUUAUUCAUAAUACUUGGGCUGUUUUUUUAAACUCUAUUUUAGAAAAUGAAAACAGGAAGGACCACAUUCCACAACCUGUAGAAAUAUACACUGUAGCUGAAAUGAAUUUGUAGUGUCAUGCGUUGAAUAUACAGAUUUAAACCUUAUAAGUGAUAUUCAAGAUUUUUGUUUAAACCAGAAAUCUCUGACAAUUUGCAGCCCAAAAAUGAAUGAGAAAUUUAGUUUUGACAACAAAAGGCUGAUGUCUGUUAAAAUAUUUUAUACCUGACUAAAACUAGGUUUUACAGUCUCUUAUUAAUUAGCCAGAGUAUGGCACCCACUUAAGUUGUCAUUUUGUAGUAUUGUGACAAAUUGAGUACAAAAUAUGAAGUUUAAACACUGGAAUGUUGUUGAUCUGUAAUUUAGGAGUUGGUUUUAUUUAUCUGAGGGAUGUUUGCAUUUUUUAUAAAUUACUUAAACAAUGUAAACAAUGUAAACAAUGUAAACAAUUAUGUAAACAAUGCUCUACAAUCAUGGUGAAUGUCAUGGUUCUGUACAAAUUCACUUCUGUCCCUCCGUUGCAUGUCUGAGUAGUUCAAAAGUUAUGUAUAUUUCUUGUAUUAACACAGUAUCAUAGAAUAAAAAUAUAUAUAUUUUUUCCUGGAUGCUUGCUCUAUAUAGUUUUAAACAAUAUAAGGAUUUUUCUUUUAAAGGUCAGGAUAACAUGCAGGGUGGCUGAUCUAUGGAAAAGUCUCACUUGUUUUUUAUAAUUCUGUAUAAAAAUGUUGCAGUUCUGCUGAAAUGGGAAAGUAAAAUGUCCACUAUCAAAAUAAUGCAUGAGGGUCAUAAGAAUUACUCAAAUAUAAAGAAGAAAAUUCUUAAACACUUGCAGCCCACUUACUUGUGCUAUAAAGUUAGAGGGCUAAAAUCUAAAUAAGUUCUGUCAUUACUGAAUGAAAUUCUUCAGGUAUUAAGUGAAUCUUAAAAUAUUAUUGAAAGUAAAAUGAAGUUAUUGAAAACA